GAAUGUGGCGAGCGUAAAUCAGAAAGUGUUCUCAUGUUCAGAUAACAAUCGCUUGUUGGAGAGUUUUCUCGCCGCCGUCGACCGACUUUCGUUUUGAAUCGUACCACCGUUGGUCGUAGUGUUAAUCGCGUGCGGUAAGCAACCGGUUCAUGUGCAACCUUCUGGAGGUCCAUAGCAGCUAGAGUUGCGUCGCAGUGGCCCACCACAGUUUUCGGUGAUUUUUUGUUCGAAACAGUGGUUGCUUUUGUUGAAUUACGAACGGCUGGGAUCGGAAGAAAACGCGCGUAGUUAAAAAUGGGUGAAAAAUAUGAGGCGCUCGCCAAGGAGCUGAACAAGUGGAAUCAAGAUCACUUGUUAAAGUUCUGGGAUGAGCUAUCGGAUAGCGACCGGAACAAACUGUUGGACAGCCUGUCCGCCAGCGUCGAUUGUGCUGCGCUUGACGAAGCAUUCCGGCGAGCCAUGGCAACCGCCACGUCGGCGAAAGAGGACCUGAACGAGCUGCUGCAACCGAUCGCCAAGGAACUGCUACUCUCCGUGGCCAAUUCCAGCGAAACCGAACUGAACGAUCUCCGACAAACCGGUCUCGAGCAGAUCCGUGAAGGCAGGGUGGGCGUGAUACUGUUAGCUGGCGGACAGGGCACGCGGCUCGGUUCGACUGCUCCCAAGGGAACGUACAAUGUUGGCCUUCCGUCGGGUAAAUCCCUCUUCCAGCUACAAGCAGAGCGCAUCCGGAAACUGCAGCAACUGGCUGGCGGCGAUGGGCGUAUCCGAUGGUACAUUAUGACCAGCGAGCAUACGCACACCGAGACCCUCGAGUACUUCAAGGCGAACCGAUACUUUGGCCUACCCGCCGAGCAGGUACGCCUGUUCCGCCAGCGCAGCGUUCCGUGUGUCGACUUCGAGGGGCGCAUUUUGCUGGAUGAGAAGUGGAAAGUGGCAACGGCACCAGACGGCAAUGGCGGUAUCUAUCGGGCGCUCAAGGACGAGGGUAUACUGGACGAGCUGGAUCAUAAGGGUGUGCUCUAUCUGCACGCCCACAGUGUCGAUAACAUUCUCAUCAAGGUGGCGGAUCCGGUUUUCAUCGGCUACUGCGUUCGAAAGCGCGCCGACUGCGGAGUGAAAGUCAUUGAAAAGGUGCAGCCGGACGAGGCCGUCGGCGUUGUGUGCGAGGUGAAAGGCAAGUAUCAGGUAGUCGAGUACAGCGAGCUGUCGAGUGAGACGGCGAACCGCCGCAAUCCAGCCGACGGCAAGCUCACGUUCAACGCGGGCAACAUUUGCAACCACUUUUUCACUUCCGCGUUUCUUCGUCGCAUCGCCGAUACAAUGAUGCCACUGCACGUGGCUAAGAAGAAGAUCCCAUUCGUCGACACGGCCACCGGCGAGCGCUGCAAACCGUCCAACUCGAACGGGAUCAAGAUGGAAAAAUUCAUCUUCGAUGUGUUUCCGCUGGCGGAGCGGUUCGUGGCACUCGAGGGUCGGCGCGAGGAGGAGUUCAGUGCACUCAAGAACGCCGACUCGGCAGGUAUCGACUGCCCAUCCAGCGUCCGAGGAGAUAUUGCAAGGCUGCACCGACAGUGGCUUAUCAACGCGGGCGCAACUGAAGUGGCCGAGACGACGACCGAUGAGGGAAAUGUGGUGAUCGAUUGUGAAAUUUCUCCUCUCCUAUCGUACGCCGGGGAAGGCUUGGAGCCGGUGGCUGCUGGUCAAAGCUUCCGCUGUCCCGUCCAUCUGAUCGGUGCUGAUGAGCAACAACUGAGCUAAAAAUAAUCAAGGUUAUCAGAAAAGCGGAAAAGACGGUGAUACAGAUAACGGGAGGAUCACAUUAUUAGUUACUUCCGCCUCAAUGUGAUUCAGCAUAGUCGGGCGGGGUCCAUUACAUAGAAAAGAUGUACGUUCCUCUAAACGGACAUUACUUGUCGACUUAUCGGACCCAGACACCAUUUCGCUUUUUAAAGGUUGUUAUUAUCUUUUUACAAGCUUAAUCCCACACCCUGAAGAAUGGUAACACGAUAGCAUUCAACAACCAAUUGGAGUUCUUUGAAAUGGACGUGUGUUCCAUUAGUCUUUCGAUACAAAACUUAUAGCUACCUAUUGAUCUGUUAAAAUUAUGAAUCUUUGUUUUUAACGCUUUUUUAUUAAUAUUGUUAGAAAGCAUCAUUAGAUCGCCCGAAUUCACGUGGAAAAAGAAUGGCGCGUGUAUCUCAAAAAACUCGAUUAUUUUGUUUAUUUUGUAUGUAUUCGUUAUUAUUUGUUACUAUGGCUUUUUUGCAAAAAACUAUAUGUUAAAAUAUCCCCUUGUCGACACAUUCCGAUAUCCUUUUGAAAACUCUUUACUCAAAGACAAAACUCUAAGAGACUUGAGCUGGGGUCCUCGGAAAACAUCACAUUGUAAGCUUUUAGUAAAAUUCUGUAUAGGACCAGCAAUGUUUUAACCCAUCUGCAAUAUCUACUUACAAACGAGAGAAUUUUAUCCGUUUAUUUUAUUUUUUUUAACCAGUUUUCCUUUUCAAAUCGAAUCGAAGAUAUGUUUGUUUUAUAUUGAUUACUUAUUAUGCUUGUUAGACUGCAAAGUUGUAUAGGCUCGUUAUCUACAAUUCUAUCGAGAUUGUUAGUCAAGUUAUGAGUUAUUGUUUUUUUUCUUUAUUCUAUAUGUCCUCAUUCUCGUCUUUCCUUGCCCACGGUUAAAAUGACAUGAAAAAGUACGUAUAAGAAAUAAAAAAUAUUUACUGCCUUUAGCUCAA